UCCCCAGUAACAGAUUGGAGGGGACCCGGAAUUAGCUCCCGUUUUACCUGUGCUUCUGGUCACCACUUGGACAAGUUGCGGUGAUUGGUCUGCGAGCACUGAAGAAUGGCCGCUCUUGGCAGCGUCCCGCAGCAGGAUUUUUCCGAAUUCGAUGUCUUCAAUGGGAACUUUUUAGAAGGCGAGGGGGACACCUUCGUGAACUCCCCUGGAAGUAACUUGGGCGGACCGUCCGGCUUCCAGGGCUGGACGCCGAAUGCAGGCACCUCGGCAGCAGUUCGAGGCCCUUUGCAUUUAAUGGACAGCGAGAACAUCCUCCUGCCGUCGGCUUUAGCCUCGGCCCAGCAUUGGACGAGGGGGGCGGCCCCCACGGAGAAAACGCUGGGAUCUCACACUGAUCAAGGAGGCAGGGGCAGCCAAUCUGGAAUAGCUUGCCGGAGACCAUCUUCCAUCGUGGACGGUCUGCUGACGGAACUCUAUGACAACUACACGUUCGGCGCCAGGAGCUUUGACAGUGUGGAUAGUUCAACGGAGGCCUCCAGCUCCGAUGCUUUUCUGGGAAGGAGUAAUUCUGGAUCUGCGUUCCUGCAGGAGUUGCAGGAACAGUACACAACUAAACAUCAGAUGCAAUACUUGGCACAAAAAGAUUUAGAUGAACUGAAACGAAUUGUAGAAGAGCUAAAGUACAGAAUUGCUGUGCAGUCUGCCAAGCUGGUCCGUCAACUAAGGAGAAAGGACACCCUUUCACAUAAACUGCAGAAAAACAGUGAUAUUGUGACGGCAUGUUUGCAAGCAGUUUCACAGAAAAGGCGAGUCGAUACAAAGUUGAAAUUUACAAUCGAACCAUCUCUGAGCAAGCACGGGUUUCAGCAGUGGUAUGAUGCUCUGAAAGCUGUUGCUAGAUUGCCAACCGGAAUACCGAAGGAAUGGAGGAAAAGGGUUUGGCUGACUCUAGCAGACCAUUACUUGCACAGUAUCUCAAUUGACUGGGAGAAGACAAUGCGGUUUGCUUUUAAUGAUAGGAGUAACCCUGACGAUGAUUCCAUGGGCAUUCAGAUUGUGAAGGAUCUUCACAGAACAGGCUGCAGUUCUUACUGUGGCCAGGAGGCUGAACAGGAUCGUGUGGUGCUGAAGCGGGUCCUUCUAGCCUAUGCUCGUUGGAAUAAAUUUGUUGGUUAUUGUCAAGGCUUCAAUGUGCUUGCAGCGCUCAUAUUGGAAGUGAUGGAAGUAAAUGAAGGAGAUGCACUGAAGAUAAUGAUUUAUUUGAUUGACAAAGUGCUUCCGGAGAGUUAUUUUGCCAAUAAUCUACGUGCUUUAUCAGUGGAUAUGGCUGUUUUUCGAGAUCUUCUUCGGAUCAAGCUACCUGAGCUUUCUCAGUACCUGGAUGAUCUCCAGAAGGUUGCCAACAAAGAAAGUGCAGGUAGUUAUGAGCCUCCCCUGACAAAUGUUUUCACCAUGCAGUGGUUCCUAACGUUGUUUGCCACAUGUCUUCCUAAUCACACUGUCCUCCGAAUCUGGGAUUCUGUCUUCUUUGAAGGGUCUGAGGUGAUCCUAAGAGUGGCCUUGUCGAUCUGGGCUAAACUUGGAGAAAGAAUCAAAAGCUGUCAAAGUGCAGAUGAAUUUUACAGCACCAUGGGAAGACUGACUCAAGAGAUGCUGGAGGACAAUCUGAUUGACUGCGGUGAGCUGAUGCAGACCCUCUACUCAAUGGCACCAUUUCCUUUCCCACAACUGGCUGAACUGAGAGAAAAAUAUACUUAUAACAUCAACCCCUUCCCAAUCCCUGUGAAGCUCUCUGAAUCACAACGGAGUCUCAAUAAAACCAAGGACAGCGAUGAAGAGAUUGAUUUGGAUGAUGAAGAUGCAAUAGCUUCAGCAGUUGGUUGUCUGGGACCGUUCAGCCUUCUUGUACCAGAAUUGCAGAAGUACCAGAAGCAAGUCAAAGAUCAGCAGGAUGAGCAGAUCCUGAAGUCGAGUAACAUCGCUGAGCUCAGCCCUGGGGCGAUAGAUGCGGGCCGGAGUGAGCACCAGUCUGUUUUUAACAGCAUGAUGAUGGAGCGUAUGACGACUGACAUCAAUGCGCUGAAGCAACAAUACAUUAGGAUAAAGAAGAAGCAGCAGCAGCAACAGGCUCAUCUCAUUUUCAUCAAAGCAGGAACAGAAAAUGAAAUGAAUCCUGGGAUCACCCCAGAUCCUAGGGACCAGAUGAAUAAUACUAUUGGAAGAAGUGAAGGAUCUGCCGGCACUGUUCUGCCUUCAGCAACCAAUGAAACUCCAAUGAUGAAUCACUUGCUUCUCGGGAAGAAACUGCAAGUCACUAACCGGAUCACAAAGAACGCUGUCCUUCAGGUGGCUGGAUCAAAGGCCCCACACGACGAUACAAAGUCAAAGCUAAACUCGCCAUGGCGCACACAUGUCCGUGUUCAUCGAAAAAACCUUGCGCGAACCAGGAACCAGCUGAGCUACGGUGAUACCAUUGGGCUAAUGGAGGAACAGGGCCCAGUCACAAAGGAGAAAAAUACAAAGUCAGUUGAAGAGUCAUCCCUCAGCUCCGCAGAAAGUGCCGACGCUGACAUUAAGGGUGUUGAAGACCGAGUAUUGUCACAAGGAGAUGGGGAGUCUUCCACACCAGUUUACAGGGAUAAUAAUGACAAUGUGACUGGGAUUCAGCAUCAGCUAAAGUUGUUGGAUUUAAGCCAAACUGACACAACUUCAACGAAGUCCCCCAGUCCAUCACCAAGUCAAAGGUGGUCUUCUGAUUCCUCAGAUUCUGACAAAGGGGUUUCAGAUUCAACUCACAGGAUUAGCACUGUGAAGUCUCAGACAUUUAGCCCAUUUCCCAGUGUCAAACCACCCCGGAGAUCAGCAGCGGCAAGAAAUUUAGGUUUAUACGGCCCGACUGAGCGGACCCCAACUGUCCAUUUUCCCCACAUGAGCAGAAGCGCAAAUGGUUCGGGAAAUGGCAAACUGAACAGGACCAGGAAGGAGUGAACACGUCAAAGACAUUUACUGAUUACUAUUUUGUUAUAAUUUAUGCUUAAAUUAAGAUGUUUGAAGACACUUUAUAUCAUGUGCAGUGUUACAAAACCUACUACUUGUAAAUAACACUUAUUAAAAAAAGGUCAAAUUCCAAGGUAUUCUUGGAUUAAAUCCAUUUUCUGGAAGAUAAUCCAAUAUUAAAGCCACUGCCAUAUAAUAUUAAUGGACAAUUAAUGGCAAACCAAAAAUUAUGAAUGGAAAUUCUUAAACUUGUCACAAUUAUUGUCCUGUCUAUUCCUAUUGUACGAUGUGACAAUAA